AUGAAUUUAGAAACGCUGAAACAGGGGGCUCACAGUGAUCAAAUUCAUAAGGUUUUAGUACAAUUGGAUACCGAUCCUCAUGAAUCAGUGGAUCUUGAAACCUCUAUGGUUCUUAUUAAGUUCGUACUUCCGGUAUAUCCAUCACUGCCGGAAAGAUCGAAGAUGAUAUUGAGACAACUAAUCUCUAAGUCGUUAACAUUUCUAUCUCAGCUCGUCACUUUCUCUAAAACAAUAAGUGGGCGUGAUGGAUUAGAGGAGAUAAACAUAUAUCUAGAUGUUUUGGAAGACGUUGUUAGUCUCGAACUGGGAUGUUUAAAUUCUCAUUUAGAGGCAAGCAGAAAUAGCAAACUAGACCGUGAUAAUGUCAAGGCUUUAUUUUUCGGAAGUAAGCUAUUUAAUCUACUGGCUGGGCGAAUUGAUAUAGCGAAGUAUUUAGGAUACCUUCGCCUUCAGUGGAAGUUUCUUUUUGAAAACAAUAAGACAGUUAAGUUGAACCCGCCUGGCUUCCUAGGAGAAUGGUUGGUAGCGACGUUUCUGCUCAACCCUACGCUUGCAACGGAUAUAAUAUUGGGUGAAUUAUUCUUGUUGGAAGAGUCAUAUUUCUCUUCAUUUCAGAAGAUAGUGUCAGCUAGUAGACCACUGGAGCAAAGAAGGCUUGUUGCUAAGUUUUUGUUACCAUAUAUUCAAAUUGGACUAAGCGUUGAAAACUCUAACGAAGUAAGGAAGAUCCUGAGGCGAUUUGAUCUAGAUAAAAUCGUGUUUCUAUCUGUAUUAUUUGAUAUACAGUCACUUCCCUUGAAGGAAAUCAUAGUUCGUCUAAUGAGUAAUCACUCUUCUAUGAAAUUUGUCAGUGCUUUAGUUAGUAAGUUUGCUGAUUUUGCUGAUGACGAUGUGGAUACGAAAACCUGUGAAUUGCUUGUACUCUUUAUAGUACACAAUCUUAGUUCACCUCAGAAGGAACAUAUAUCGCAUGAUGAUCAGUUUUUAACUGCUGUGACCAAACAUUUGGGUAGCAAUGAACACGAAGCAAGGGAACGGGCAAUGUUUAUUGCUAAGCUUUUAUCAAAUGGUGAUUUGAAGUAUGAAAGUGAUUUUGAAAUCAGUAUACCGAAUUUGAAGUUCGAUAGUAACAGUGAGAAUGAAGCGAUUAAUUUCCAAACCUUACGAAAUUCAUCUAUACUCAAUAUCCAACUGGGAGUUGGAAAGGACAGGAUUACAGAGAUUUCAAGCCAUGUUCAAAGCCUUACGCUGGACUGUGAUGAUAGCGAUGAUGACGAUGAAGAAAAUCAUGUUAAGCGGAUUGUAUUCUUAAAAGAUUUGAUGAAAGAGUAUGAACAAACUGGUGAAACUCGAAAAGCUCCACUACUGCCACUUCUAAAACAGACAGUGAAAUUGGUACGGCAAAAGAAGGAUUUUCCAUUAGAGGUUGGUUAUUACGCCCAGGCAAUUUUGUCGAGUAUUGCAUGUCUGAAUAAUGAGUUCGAUGAAUCGCUCUUCGAGCAGUGGAGAAUCAACGCUUUAGUAAGUGUAUUGGUCAUUCUGCCAAACAAGGUAACCGAUGCUACAAAUAUUCUAUUCAAUUCAGAAUUGUCAUUACAGCAAAGAAUGUCAUUAUUAUCGGCCUUAGGGCUUUCUGCAAGGGAGUUAAGGGGAUUUGACGAUCCUACAACUAUGAAACCUCAGUUCGAUUUUCCUACUAAUCGUUUACCGUGGGAUAGCCAGAGUAACAACACUGGUAAGCUAGUUGAGGUUCAAGAAUUGCCUAAUAUGAUAAAGGAGACGAAAACAGUAUGGAAAUCUAAAAAACUCAGCAAAGACCAAGAAAAGGAAACGCACAAUUGCUUCCAGAAACAUGCCAGUAUAUUCUUCUACCCACUGGCACACGGAUGGCUCAACGGAAUUGACGUAGGUACAUACAAUCAACUCUUCAAGUCGCAUUAUUUAAAGACAUUGCGUAUUAUAUACUCUUGUGCCAAUCCGGUCCAUGAUUUCGAAUACAUGACCGAAUUGAUGGACCGUGUAAUUAGUUUGGCCAUAGAAGAAGGAAUUCCUCUUGAUCAGAAUUAG